AUCAAAAUGGGUGUGGUUUAUCCAACAAAGUUGAGCUGUCUAUUCGAUAUUCAGCUAGAUCAUAUCAGCCGGCUUCAGCUUCUCACUACCGUACCGAGAUUCAGACAGAAUCAGGAUGGCUACUCAAUGGAGAUCAGUGACUAAACUACUCACACAACAUCUGUCCAGUCGUCUGGCAGCUGCCCCUCUGGCUGGAGCAACACAGUUGUGCAGGAGACAGUUCUCAGCCACCCCCACCCCCUCACAAGCCACGCCCCUCAAGUCCUGGAAACUGGGUCGUCUGAACCACGUUGCCAUAGCAGUACCGGACCUGGAGGCGGCCACACAUCUGUACAGGGAUGUGCUGGGAGGGGAGGUCAGCGAGACAAUGCCCCUACCUGAGCAUGGCGUGUACACAGUGUUUGUGAAUCUGGGGAACACUAAAAUUGAGUUACUCCACCCCCUCGGUGAGAACAGUCCGAUAGAGUCGUUCCUCAAGAAGAAACCAGAGGGAGGCAUGCACCACGUCUGUAUUGAGGUCGACGACAUCAGAGCAGCUUUAAAGGACCUGGAAGGCAAAGUGAGGGCGCUCAACCAUGAGCCGAAGAUUGGAGCUCACGGAAAGCCUGUCGUGUUUCUCCAUCCAAAGGACUGCAAUGGAGUACUAGUUGAACUGGAAGAAGCAUAGAACGUGCUUAUUUCCUAGCUACUGAUUUUGUCCAUCUGUUUGUUCUAUUCGUUGUGUGUAAUUAUGAACUCAUGAACUGAUAAAUUUACUAAUUGUUUAUGAGGUGUGGUUUA